AUGGUUCUCCUGGAUCUUCUGAACCCAUCUGUCGUGAGCUCUCCUGUAUCUUGCUCCAGCGCUUGUCUUGCGCUCUCGCAUACUGGGACGGUCGUGCCCAAGCAGUUUUCCAAGGCAAAGGAGAACCUAGCAAGCCCCACCAUUGGCUAUGAUCCAAAUGCUAAGAGCUAUAAUUACCUCUUCAUGAGACCCGAAACUCCUUCGUCUCAAAAAUGGACGGUCGUGGUCGACGGGGUGGUGUCGCGGGUGGAGCGAGAGGUGGAAAAGCUGAGGCAGACCAUGCAGACCCUUGAGAAUGGUCUCGUUGGUCAGGAAUCUCAGUUUGAGGGGAUCAGCGCAAAGCUGACCUCUUUUGCCACCAAGAUUGACGACAUCGAAAGAUUGGCCUUGGACGAAGACAGGCUGGUCAAGGUUGAAGGGCGUGUUGAGAAGGCCAAUGGACUCAUGUGUGCCUCCUUGAAGGACUUAUCAAAUUCCUUGCAAGACUAUGGCAAGGAGUUCCGGGAACAAAUCCAAGCGGUAUCCGCGGCUGAGAAGGAAAUCUCAAGGGAUAUCGAUCGGCUCCGUGCAGAACUACGCGAACAGAGGAGUCUCGCCGACAUGAAUUCAUCUGAUAUGCGGGAGGAGAUUCGCACGACCUCACAAUCUCUGGAAAAUUACCAUGCCGACUUUCAAAAAGAACUCACCGAAGCUAGAAAAGCGCUGAUUGCUGUUCAACAAGAGACCUCGCAAUCGCUUGAGAAUCACAACCAAGCAUCUCGGGACGAUGUUGUGGCAGUUGAAAACACAUUGGCCUUGUUCCGUGACCAAAACAUGCAAUCAUUAGACACCCUCAGCGAGAAAUUUCGAGAAGAGAUCGCUGCGCUCAAGGUGUCCUUGUCAGAUAUCCGGGAAGACGCCCUGCAAAGUUCGCAUUCGAUGGAAAGCAAAACCGAAGAAUUUCAGAGAGAUGUCGUCGCAGCAAAGAAAGCCACAGCCGUUCUGCAGCAGGAAAUGUCUUUGUCAAUUGACAGGCGCAUUGAUGAAUUGCAGCUUAAACAUGACACUGAUUUGGAUAGUGUGCGAAACGAUACAACACGCACACUAGCCGAGCAGAAGGCAGAGUUUAGGGACGAUAUGGCUGCAGCCAACGAGGCGAUUUCUGCGGCUAGAACCGAGUCGACACGAUCCCUAGGCAAAUUCAACGACGACCUCAAACGGGAACUUUUCACGGUCAGAGAUGGCCUCUCUGAAUCUGCAAAUAUAACAAAACAAUCGUUCCAGAAGACAAAUGAUGACCUGCGAAAAGAAAACGAUGUGAUCAAGAUGGACCUAGCCAAUGCACAACAAGAACUGAAACAUCUCCGAAAGAAGCUAGAAGAAGCAGAACAAGAUCGCAAAGAGGACAGGACAGCAGCUCGAGAAUACGCCAAGGACAUGUUAUCUUUGAAGAACGAAUUAGAGCAACUCAAGAAGAAUAUUGCGCAAGACAAGGAGCGGAGGGAAACCGAACCGAUUGUGAUGCCGGACGACUUUGAGUCGCUGGCCAGGAACCUGAGCGACAUCACUGUGCGGGUAGACCAGAUUCGCCACGUACAGCUCGAAGUCCAAUUCCUGAGAAGCCGAAUGCAAGAUUUGGAGGCUGGUUCGUUUGCCGGAACCAGCGAUGCGGCAUCGACUGUGCUGAUCCACGGGAGCGAAAAUGGGGACAGGCCAGUUUCUCGAAGAAGGGACUCUCGCAAGCGGGCCAGUUAUAUUUCCAACCAUGGGAGUAGUGAGAACGAAGAAAGGGAUACUAGAAAGCGGUCGAGCUUUAUCUCCUCCUACGCAAGCAGCGAGAAUGGCGACAGGGAUUCUCGUAAACGGACGAGCUUGACAGUCCCCCAAAGCAAUGGCGAGAAUGGAGAUAGAAACUCUUACAAGCGUACAAGUCUGACACAACCCGUCAAUGGAGAGCACAUGGAGAGACCAACAACACCGCGGAGGGAUUCUCGCAACAAACGGACGAGCGUGCCUCCUGUGAACGACAGCAGAGAUAGACCGACGACGCCAAAGAGGGGAGAGUCUCGCAAGCGGACAAGUCUCAUUCACGGUGGCGACGAUAAAGCCAGACCUACAACCCCAAGACGAGGGGAUUCUCACAAGAGAGCAAGUCUGAUACAUUCGCCAAAGAGCACCGAAAUAUCCCGGCCUUCGCCCCCUCGGCGGGCGUUACAGUCGGAGUUGGAUGUCAGAAGCUCACUUUUACAACCAGAUCGAAGUCACGCGGGGAAAAUUAACAAGAGGCCUGCGAGGCGUAGUCUGAAGAAGCCAUUGGAUGAGGAUGAAUUACCCCUUCAUUUGAAUAACCUAUAG